AUGAGGUGGAUUAUAGUAAAGGAAGUUGGAUAUCUUCUGCUUUUUGUGCAUACGCUGCAAAGGGGUCUCUGCUACGAUUACUUCCAAGUUGAUAAAAAUACUUCCGAUGAUGGUUCUUCUGAUCCGAGUCAAUACGAUUGCAAACCUGGAAUGCCGCUUUUCAAUCCUCCACCGUGCUUUGCUGGAGACGUUCGAUUAAAUGUUGUUGUGAAAGAGGGGGACACGGCGCAACUCAGAUGCUACAUAUACAAUGUUGAUUUUAAUAAAACCUACAUUCGUAAGCAUCUUGGCCAUAUGAUAUACCGCUUUGUCCUUAGCUCCGUGUUUGAUGUUGCAGAAAAGCCUAAAACGGAAGUCCCCAAAGUCGAUCGGUCCUUUUGGCUUGUCAAGGAUGAGGCUUACAAUGCAAGGAAGGCAGAAACCUCAAAACCUGUAAAUAGCCAACCAGAAUUGAAGUUCACCUACUACCCCAUGCGGUCUGGUCCUUACAUAAUUCCUGAAAAAAUGCAUAAACCCCAAAAUGAUGAACGAUACCAAGCUGAACCUUUCUUUUCACCAACAACAACAUCAAAAGGAAGCCGAAAUGUCAUCUUUAUGAAAUACCUCUUAACGCCUUUAAUUUUUGGCUUCGCAUUCCUCAGAAUACUUUAA